AUGACAGGAAGGAACCAAACUGCCGUCACAGAGUUCCUCCUCCAGGGCCUGCCCAUCGAGUCAGAGCAGAAAAACCUGUUCUAUGCCCUGUUCCUGGUCAUGUACGUUACCACCGUCCUGGGGAACCUCCUCAUCAUGUUCCUGAUUCGCCUGGACUCUCAGCUCCACACGCCCAUGUAUUUGUUUCUCAGUAACUUGUCCUUCUCUGACCUCUGCUUCUCCUCUGUCACAAUGCCCAAGUUGCUGCACAACAUGCAGAGCCAAGUCCCAUCCAUCCCCUACGCAGGCUGCCUGACCCAGAUGUACUUCUUCCUGUUUUUUGCAGACCUGGAGGACUUCCUCCUUGUGGCCAUGGCCUAUGACCGCUAUGUGGCCAUCUGCUUCCCCCUGCACUACACCACCAUCAUGGGCCCCAAGCUCUGUCUCUCCCUGGUGGCGCUGUCCUGGGGGCUGACCACGUUGCAUGCCAUGUUACACACUCUGCUCAUGGCCAGGUUAUGCAACAUGAAAAUGGGAAACCAAAGCAUCAUUUCAGAAUUCCUCCUCCUGGGCCUGCCCAUUGAGCCAGAUCAACGAGACCUGUUCUAUGUCCUGUUCCUGGCCAUGUAUCUUACCACCGUCCUGGGGAACCUCCUCAUCAUCGUGCUCAUUCACCUGGACUCUCAGCUCCACACGCCCAUGUAUUUGUUUCUCAGCAAUUUGUCUUUGUCUGAUAUCUGUUUCUCUUCAGUGACCAUUCCCAAAUUGUUGCACAACAUGCAGAGCCAAGUCCCAUCCAUUCCCUACGCAGGCUGCCUGACCCAGAUGUACUUCUUCCUGCUUUUUGCAGACCUGGAGAGCUUCCUCCUUGUGGCCAUGGCCUAUGACCGCUAUGUGGCCAUCUGCUUCCCCCUGCACUACACCACCAUCAUGAGCCCCAAGCUCUGUCUCUCCCUGGUGGCGCUGUCCUGGGUGCUGACAACUUUGAUCUCUUUGUUGCACACCUUGCUUAUGGCUCGGCUGUCUUUCUGUGCUGACAAUGUGAUCCCUCACUUUUUCUGUGACAUGUCAACUUUGCUAAAGUUGGCCUGCUCUGACAUUCAGAUAAAUGAAAUGAUGAUAUUUAUCUUGGGAGGGCUUGUUAUUAUUGUUCCAUUCCUGUUGAUCUUUGCAUCCUAUGCACGAAUUGUGUCAUCCAUCCUCAAAGUCCCUUCUGCUAGAGGUAUGAGGAAGGCCUUCUCCACCUGUGGCUCCCACCUCUCCGUGGUGUCACUGUUCUAUGGGACGAUCAUUGGCCUCUACUUGUGCCCUUCAGCCAGCAAUUCUACUGUUAAGGAGACUAUCAUGGCUGUGAUGUACACUGUGGUGACACCCAUGCUGAACCCCUUCAUCUACAGCCUGAGGAAUCAGGACAUAAAGGGAGCCUUGCAAAGAAUCUUUACUAAGUGGGCAAUUCAGUUUUCUUUGAGACAGUGA